AUGUCCGGUCAAAAUUCCGAACAAAUUCUUUCCAGCCUUGAGCAUUCUCCAGCACCAGCCAUAGAACUAUUGGAUGAGGCUGCAAGAAUCGUUGGUCUCCGUCCUUCACCCCAUGCGAAAUCUUACACUGUUCUUGAUAGCACUUCUUCUAAGUCAGAUGUUUCUCGCUUCCGUGAGCAAUGGAUAUUGAGAUGGUUGAUAAAAAAGCUCACUCAAGCCACCUCCAUCGAGAGUCAGUCCUCGAAGCACGACAUACUACAGGACGGCAGAACGUGGAGUUUGCUAAAUUUCCUGGUUGAGACUAUCCCUGUUCAGAUCUUACAAGGUGUUCUGGUCGAAAGGAAUUUUUGGCAAGUAUUUGGCAAAUGUCUCAAGAAAGUACAAUACUUUGUAUCUCAUGGAGCAAUUCAAGAAUCUACCAGUCAAAAUGCUCGACAAAUGGACGCAGAAAGUGGUCCACCAGCCAAAAGAAUGCGGAUGUCGAUGCACACAUCGGUUUCUAAUUCGGCAGACGUUGUCGAGCAGCUGGUCCAAGUCGUCGUUCAGCUGACGAAGAUAUUCACGAAGGCCAAUGGGACCAUGCAGACUCGGUCGUCUGCUCUGUUUCAAGGAUCAUUGGAUACUUCCGAACUAGCGGCACAAACUGCGGGUCAGCUACUGAGCUUUGCGGUCCUUGUCGUGACCGAUUAUCAAGACCUGGCUUCUGUAUUGGAGUCUGAAUCCAAUGGUCUAAACGACGCUGUCGGUGUAUGCCUUGGUCUCUGGGGCUCGAGUAAUCAGGACUCGAAUAAAUCGACUGUACCAAAAGUCCAUCUACAUUUCAACGAAUACAUCUUACCACAUGCGUUGGGAUUGCUAGAGUCGCCUGCAAGACUUCCUAAAGCUCUAUUGCGGGCGAUUGAAAGGCUAGUGGCUGUACAUACCAUCUUGCCAGCCAGAGAAACUUUUUACAAGCAGACGCUGCCUAGCAAGAAGUCCAGAUCUGACAAGUCUGCACAGAAGGAGCCAGAGCUCCUAGCCCAAGAAAUCAUAAAACAUUGGGGUCUUGCGAUCAAGGUUCUCAGUCCUGCCAAUGGUGCUGUUCUACUAGGUAUAGCCAGUCGAAUAAUACCACGCAGUGAUGUGAGUAGACGAAAGGCUGAGACUCCGUGGCUGGAAGCCCUAUUCUACGCCCUUGUUCGAGUUAGCCUUGAUACAGAGCAAAAGUCCAGAACCAAUGGUGUGGAGUCGGGUACAAACGCGACAGAAAGACAACUCUCGGCCUCGUCACAAGAUUUACUUCUUGGUGCACUAGAUGCAGCAGAGAUCGAGCCAUCUACUGAAGUCUGGCGAUCUUACGUUAGGGACCAAAUCUUGGACGGUGACAUUGAGUGCAGAGUGCUUGCGCAAGUCGUAAAACUCAACCCAGCUAUUUUUGUGCCGCCGCAAAACAGUGAGCAAGACAAUUUCCUGGACACGAUCAGUGCAAAACUUCAGGCUGCUGCUUCAGGGCAUCCCGAUGACGUCGACCUCUGUAUAGACGGAGUUCUGCAACCUAUUCUUCAAGCAAUUGGCAAAGCGAGGCAGCUUCAAGCGUUCGUCCACUUCUGGGAAUCCAAAUUGUCAAAUGUGAUACAUCAGCGAUCAGCCACAACUCAGGAUCUAUCAGAUGAGGAGUCCUUGAAUCAGAUAUGGGAUGAUCCAAAGUUAUUGAGUGUCUUUAGUUCUGUCUGCCAGCAAUUCGCACCAUUUCCACUUUACAGGGAUAUGCUUGAGAGGUUAAAAGCAGAUCUUGAAGCUUUGCCGGAUAAUGCAGGCCCAACGAACCAAGUCUUCGCCCGAGUCACGGUUGUUACCCAGGCACUUCGACCACUUACUAGCUCUGUUGCUGGCAAGGCAAUUUUGCACGAGUAUAGUGGUACCCUGCUGAAGCUUGUUUGUGAUUCUCUCAAACCAUCGAAUGACUACCAGGGACAGCGAUGGCAGCUAUGGAGGCUACUGGAACAGCUGUUUGUAGCAGAUCCUGACCUGCCCCAGUCGAAAGUAUUGUCAGAUACCGACUUUUCCUGGCCGAUCCUCCACAUCAGUGAAACAAGCAUGAAGACAGCACUUUUAACUCGAGCACAGUAUCUCGAGUUGUACUAUUGCUUUUCGUCGCUCAUGACUGCCUGUGUGCGGGGUGAAGCGACAACAUUCGAGGCGUUAUUCGCAGAAUCGGUUUCGGUAUUAGAUAUGCUCCUCCACAUCUGCAUCGAAGAAGGACCCGCGGCGAAAGAUGCAACGUGUCUAUGGAACGGAUCAGUUGAGGAUAUGGAUAGUGACAGCAAAUUGCUUUCAGCUUGUCUGAUGAGGUGGACAAAAAUGCCAACGGCAUGGACUUCACAGGCAGUUGUGCAGCCACUUCUGAAGAACAUGCUAAAAUUGCUCUGUAGCCCUUCAGCAUCAGACACUAGCCUGACUAGCUUGACGGACCUAGUGGAAGCUUGCCUGGCUACUUUGACUGCAAGCACAGAUCUGGACGUCAUGGACAUGUUCCAGGACACAGCGACCAAGGACGAAGUCGGGCAGCUGCCGAUACGUCGUUCUACUAUGCGGUACUGCUGUGAUCGUCCCACGAAGAAACGUGAAGCAAAAAAGCUUGCACGAAUUUUGCUGACUACCAUGAGAAAUGACAAUGACUUGGAGGAUGAUGCCAGAUUUCUUGACUGUCUUGAUGCCUUAUACAACAUCUUCUCAGCGCACCCAGCCGUGGCUAAUGCAGAAUACUGGGAACAUUACCGCCAAAGUCUCGAGUGUUCCACUAGCAGAGCGACACCAGAAAAAUUAGUGGUCGCUUCCAACCUAAUACGAAAGACUACAUCCAUCUUCGUUACACAAGCUCUUAUGGUUGAGACUGAGGGAAGUGAUACCGUACUUGAUCAGAUGCUUGAAUUGGCGAAGCGAAGACUCAAGAAGGCUUCUACAAGCAAAAAGAGAAAGCUAUUCCAGACGUACAAUGGGCUUCUGUGUCUAUCUAUCGUGAAAGUGCUUGUACAACACGACAAAGCAAAACACAAUACCGACCUCAGUAACAAUCUGGCCAAGGUCACCGAGCUACUGCAAAAAAAUGCCACAACUAUCGUACGAAGGUAUCUGGACAAGGAGCCGAGCAGAAAUUCAUGUGUUGUAGCAUGGGAACUCGUGAAUGUUCUACAGACUCUCGGUGGAGACGGGCUGUGUGCUGAAGCAAAUAGUCGGGAACUGCUCGACCUUUCUGCACGUAUAGACGAAGUUGCUAAUUCAGUCGAUGACAUUGGGACGCUAGCUCCGUCUCCAGACUACCUUUCGAACAGUGCACUUGAACUCCUUGGAAAUUCCACAACGUCACCCGCUCGAAUUGGUGCUAGUAGCACCUCUGUUGAGAGCCUACGCGCGAUGUCAGACUCGCCUGAUGAGAUGGACACCGCGAUCGCGAAUGUCCAAACCAAUUUGGAAAGGGAUCGUGCUGGCAGACCUGAGUUCAUGCAUGAUCGACUCCUGAGAAUAGUCUCUCAAAUGUGUCAAGACACCAAUGGUAUAAGCAUCGGCAAAUUGAUUGAGCAGUACGUAUCACUGGCGAUAUUUAUCAGAUGCUUGGACUCAAAAACACUAUCUGUUACACCACGUUUGAUACCCGGAUUAGGUCAACUGGCAAUUCUUCAAUCAGCACUGAACGAGACCAGCCUGACAGCUCUACUCCUACGACUCGACGUUAGUAAGCUGCUGUAUGAGCAACAUGGAGACAUCGUCAAUCAGAACGUCAUAGAUUGCACGCUCAGCUCUAUUACACUGCUUGCUUCAUCUGCCAGCAAAGCAGUCUUGACAAGCAAUAGUCACGACCCGCGACCGAACCACAUCUAUGAUCGUUUGUGUACCAUACUGUUCGUUCUUCUGACGCGGUACCGGAAGCGACUUACAGGUCGAUACGACUUGCUUGUUCCUGGCUUGCAGAACAUGCUUAAGUGCCUGUUCUACCCACCAACACGAAAUCAGCUCAACAUGACACCAUCUACGUACCCUACGAAAGCGGCUUUUCUCAACUCACUUCCUCAAUGGCUCAAUCCAGGCAGUCGAACAAGUAACCUCACACUUCCACCUUCGUCGGCAGCGAGCUACUCACGCGUGUUGCAAACACUGUGUGACCCAUCUGCGUCCACAGCAAGACGCACAGUCAGACGUCGCCACGAUCCUUCCAUUGCCCAAACAAACCUCAAUCUCACUGAUGAGACACGAAUUCUCCGUCGGCAAGUAUCGCAGCAUACUCAAUAUCUUCUACAGACAUACUGUCAGGCUAUGCUCGAUGGAUAUAUAGCGCUUGAAGCUAAGGACAAGCUAAUGCCAGGUCUAUACGCCGUGAUUGAAGCAACAGACAUCGAGGUCUUGCGAGGUGUAAAUGCUGGUAUGAAUGAAAGUCAAAGGGCGAUUUGGAAAGACUUGUAUGCUGACUGGAGGCGAUAUGGAAGUUGGAACCGUCAGUAA